GAUUCUCGACAUCAAAAAUAAAACCAUCACACCUCAGCCAAGGAUGUUCUCAGCGUAUGUUUUACCUGUCACGUAGCGAUACCUUAAAACAGUCACUUCUCAUUUGUAUAACAAACUGAAAUGGAUUUACAUGUUCCUGUUGUGUUUAUAUAGAAGUAAAGUAAAAUGGCUGUAAUCCAAUUGAAAAAAGGACGUACUUUAGUUUUUGCUGCCUUUAUUUUAUGUGCGUUUGGCUGUUAUUUUGGUGUUAACAUCUACAUUGCAUGGAAGCGUAAUACCUGUUCUAAUGAAGUUGGUAAAGAAUUCCUUCGCGAACUGUGCGAUUUAUACCAAAAGAAAAUAAUUGGUGGCAACCUCUGUUCUUCCAUAUGUGUGACGAAGACAAUAAAAUUUGACCACUGCACAAACUACCGUGAAGGUAAAGUGGUCAUUAUAGCAAACACAGAAAAACAAAAGCACCCACUUAUUCUGAAGUCUUCCCAGCACGAAUAUAAAAAUUUCAACACAAUAUCACUCAAAAUAGAUGGCCACAUGGAGUAUCCAAACAUGGAUUUGUUUCGUAGAUUAAUUCAUGAAUCAGUUUACCUGAACCUUGGAAUAAACCUAACAAAAGGAAUAGAUGUAAUUGAGCAGGUGUGGUCAAUGAAUCCACUGACAUUUAUGCAAACUGUGAAAGGAUUCCCUACAGCUUCACAUAUCUUAAUGGACAGCGUGUGGUCUCUGAUACAACAGGAAGAGUACCUAAUGUUGCGAAUGAGCCAGCAUUUACCUUACAUUCCUCGCCUCCAUGGUACAUGUGGUUACAUGUAUGCUGUGGAGAGCGCUCCUCCUCCCCAGAUUUUUUACUCUUCUGUAGUUAAAGGCGGAUGGUCUGCUCGAGUGAAGCUUGCACUUGCCAUUCUGGAUGUUGUUCGUGCUCUUGACUCUGAUUAUCAUGAACCGCUUCAUUUGUGUGAUGUAAAACCGGAGAACUUUGGAAUCAGUGAUGUUAACAACCAAGUUAAAUUAAUUGAUACAGACUGUAUAUUCAGGGACUCUACCAUCAGACAGAUAUUCCAGAACAUAUCCUGUAGAAGAGAUGAAGACUGUAAAUUUUUUGACUGUAAAGGAUGGUGUAAAAGAAAGGUAGACAAAUGUGCAAAUGAACGCAUCAACACAAAUCUACAGGUUGUUUGUGAACACAUUUUCAUGGGCAAGUAUUUCUUUAUUGGACUUCUUAAGAAACCACCUAUGAGACUGAAAGAACAACUUAACAACAUUCUUAGAAGAUGUGCCUUUCCUGUAACUUAUAAUAAUAACUCACUUGUGAAGUACUACAAAAGAAAAGUCUAUUGGGAACUCUAUCGUUUGCUUCAGCGAAGUAUCGGAAUUGGUGUACCAAUGCCAACAGAUCCUUAGUAAAUGAAGUCGUUAGCUAAACACUAAUUUCCGAAUAGCUUUAUUUAAUUUACAUUUUAUUAUUAAUAUUAUUAUUAUUAUUAUUAUUAUGGUGGUAAGCUGUUAGCAUGGCAGGCAAAAUGAAUGCUUAGCGGCAUUUUGUCUGCCCCUACAUUCUGAGUUCAAAUCCUGCUGAGGUUGACUUCGCCUUUCAUCCUUUCGGGGGUCAAUAAAAUAAGCACCAGUUACGCAACUGGGGUUGAUGUAAUCAACUAGCCUCUUCCCC